AUGCCCGGAACAACCCCUCAUCCCCUCAUUCACAUCAAUGCCUUCGCCGGCACUGGCAAGUUGACCGUCGCCCGGCAUCUUGUCGAGCAAGUCGCCCUCUCAGCAAAUCUAAAACUGGUCCAUAACCACCUUCUUGUCAAUCCCGCUGACGCUGUCCUCCACCGCACGCAACCGGGGUACCAAUCACUUCGGCUCGCUCUCCGCACCGCUAUAUUUACGUCCCUAACGACUGAGCCUGCAACCUUCAAUACAGCCUAUCUGUUCACGGACUUCCAGACAUCAAAUGAACUAGGUGUCAGUGUGUGCGCAGAAUACGCGCAGGCCGCGAAGGAUCGAGGAUGUCUACUGAUCCCGAUUGUUCUGACUUGCGAUGAAGACGAGAAUAUCAGGCGCAUGACGCAGUCGGGGCGCGAAAAACAUGGAAAACUUAUGGACGUGGAGAUACUGAAGAUGUUUCGUAAAGGAUUUCCGAUUUUCGAGUUUAGCGAUAGGAAGGAGUUCUUGAAGAUCGAUGUGACUCAUCUGGAGCCAGAAGAGGUCGCGAGAAUUAUCUGGGAGCAUGUCUUGCUGUUUUUUCCUGGUUUGAGCGGUGCGGAGUCUUGA